AUGACGAGGUUAGGCUUUGUUCCAGCUUCAUCCGGGGUGUCUUGGGGUUCGGAUCCUAAGGACUCGGAUGAUGAAAAGCCGAACGAAUUUCAAACAAAAAAUGGAUGGGGUUCUCUGUUCAUGAGUGAUCCUCAAGUUCUUUCUAUGUACUCGAGUGAUCCACAAAACCCCCCUCAUUAUAUUGGCCGGCAAAAUUGUGAGCCGCUCACCAGACAGAAGUUUCUUUCACUUCACCACAAUUGGCAACAGCUGCUAGAUGGCAAGAAGACAUACCUCCGUCCUCCAAAGAACAACCGUGUUGCCAAGGACAAUUAUGACGACAGCGUCUUUGUAACCCCAGAACCUCCUGAGUUGGCACUACAUCGUCAGGGGCCACUAUCGUAUUUGGUUGGUGCAGCUGCUGGAAUACCUACCUUCCAGCAGCAGUACAAGAUACUUAGUGAACAUUAUGUGUGCUUCAGACCAAUACGAAACGAUGGGUCACAGUUUUACAGAGCUUUCCUUUUCUCUUACUUGGAAAACCUUGGGAAAAUGCAAUGUAGUCAAGCUGAGGUCACUCGCUUAAUGGAAUGCGUGGCAAGGUCCAGAGAGAAUUUCUGUCGUUUACAAUGGAAUAAUGCGUACUUCUCAAAUCCGGAAGCAUUUUUCUCAAGUGUUGUUUCUGAGUUUGAGCACUUGGUCAAUUCAGUUGCAAAUGGGCUAAAUUCUGAUGAGCUUUACGCGAUAAGCCUACAGGAAAUUUCAUCAUCUAGGAUUCUUUCUUUGCUCAGAUUGCUGACAGAGGUUCAUAUCCGUACACAUGAAGUGGACUACAACAGAUUAUUGAGUAUACCAUCAUUACAAUUUUGCAUACAAUAUGUGCGUCCAUUUGGCGCUGGCAUCGAAAUUCUACAAACAAGGGCUCUAUCACAGGCUCUUGGCAUCCCAGUGCACGUAGCAUUUGUGGACGGUGCUAUGAAAGAUGGAGCUGUGCAAGUGCAGUGCCUUGACUUCGUUCCUCAAUCAGAAUCAGGAGUAAGCAGAACAUCAGGAUCUCUCAGUUCAAUCAGCCAGUACUAUCUAUCCAGUGCAACUGAUAAACAUCCAGUCUUGCCAGCUGGAAACUUAUUUGUGUCUGAUCGCAUGCCUCUAGUGACCAUAUUCAUGACGGCUGCCCACACUACUGCCAUUCUUUAUCGCAAGUGA